AUGCGGCUCGAUAUCAAGAGACAACUCUUUGCUCGCUCCGAGCGGGUAAAGGGUAUCGACUUCCAUCCGACAGAGCCAUGGAUUUUGACGACUUUGUACAGCGGACACGUCUACAUCUGGUCGUACGAAACUCAGUCGAUCAUCAAAACAUUCGAACUCACCGACGUACCCGUCCGCGCCGGUCGUUUCAUCGCCCGAAAGAACUGGAUUGUUUGCGGUAGCGAUGACUUCCAAUUGCGAGUUUACAACUACAACACAUCAGAGAAAAUCACAUCCUUCGAGGCUCACCCUGACUAUAUCCGAUCGAUAGUUGUUCACCCUACCCAGCCUUUCGUUCUUACCGCCUCAGAUGAUAUGACCAUUAAGCUAUGGGAUUGGGAGAAAGGCUGGAAAUGUGUGCAGGUCUUUGAAGGCCAUAGCCAUUAUGUUAUGGGACUUGCUAUCAACCCCAAGGACACAAACACAUUUGCAUCUGCUUGUUUAGAUCGGACAGUCAAGAUCUGGAACCUUGGCUCGGGACAUGCAAACUACACUCUUGAAGCGCAUGAAACGAAAGGUGUGAAUAGUGUCGACUACUACGGACAAGCCGAUAAACCCUACCUUUUAACGACUUCUGACGACAAGACUGUAAAAGUGUGGGACUACACUACCAAGGCAUUGAUCGCGACCCUGGAAGGACAUACUAGCAACGUUUCCUUUGCAUGCUACCACCCUGAACUUCCGGUCAUUAUUUCCGGAUCCGAAGACGGCACAGUCAAAGUCUGGCAUGCCAACACGUACAGAUUGGAGCAAUCGCUCAAUUAUGGACUUGAGCGAGCAUGGUGUGUUAGCUACCAACGAGGUCGACAGGGUAUUGCGAUGGGUUUCGAUGAUGGUGCUGUCGUCGUCAAGAUGGGUCGGGAGGAACCAGCUGUUUCCAUGGAUGGUUCCGGAAAAGUCAUUUAUUCACGACACACCGAGGUCGUCUCGACAGUCAUCAGAGGCGAUGAGUUGAAGGAUGGUGCUCCUCUCGCUUUGCCUACCAAGGACUUGGGCUCGUGCGAAAUCUACCCCCAGACCCUUGCUCAUUCUCCAAAUGGUCGUUUCGUCUCUGUGUGCGGUGACGGUGAAUACAUUAUCUACACAGCACUUGCAUGGCGUAACAAGGCGUUCGGUCAAGCUUUAGAUUUCGCAUGGGGCUCCAGGGACAACAGUAACGAUUAUGCUAUUCGGGAGUCUGCAACGAGCGUCAAGAUUUUCAAGAAUUUCAAGGAACAGAAGGAAGGACUUGAUGUCGGUUUCCAAGCAGAAGGACUUUCUGGUGGUGUUCUUCUAGGCGUCAAGGGGCAGGGUGGUAUUGGUUUGUUUGACUGGGAGACAGGCAAUCUCGUUCGCCGUAUUGAGGUUGAACCACGCGAGGUUUACUGGUCUGAAUCUGGCGAGCUCGUCGCUCUUGCCUGUGAGGAUACUUGCUAUAUCCUUCGGUUCUCGCGAGAGAAUUACGUCAAUGGUCUAAAUUCUGGAGAAGCCGACGAAGAUGGUGUUGAGUCCGCAUUCGAGGUCGUCACCGACAUCAGCGAAACUGUCCGGACCGGUGAAUGGGUUGGUGAUUGUUUCAUCUACACAAACUCAACCAACCGCUUGAACUACUUGGUCGGUGAUCAGACUUACACCAUCUCACACUUCGACCAGGCCAUGUAUAUCCUUGGCUACUUGCCUCGUGAUGGACGUAUUUACCUCGCCGAUAAAGAUGCUGAAAUCGUGUCUUUUGCGCUUUCGCUGUCAGUAGUAGAGUACCAGACUUUGGUUCUCCGAGGUGAUAUGGACUCUGCUGCCGAAUUACUGGCUGACAUCCCCCGCGAUCAAAUGAACAAGGUCGCUCGCUUCCUGGAAGGUCAAGGAUUCAAGGAGCUCGCUCUUGAGGUCUCGCCAGAUUCCGAACACCGUUUCGAUCUUGCUCUUUCCCUCAGCCGUCUUGACAUUGCCCUCGAACUCGCUCGCGAAGCUGACGUCGAGCACAAAUGGAAGACCGUCGGUGACGCAGCCCUGACCGCCUGGGACUUGAGUCUUGCGCAAGAAUGCUUCACCCACGCCAAGGACCUCGGCUCACUCCUCCUUCUCUACACCUCUAGCCGCAACGCAGAUGGGCUCCGAUCCCUCGCCGACCAAGCCUCCGUCGCUGGCCUACACAACGUCGCGUUCUCCGCCCUCUGGACCAUCGGCGACAUCGACGCCUGCAUCGACCUCUUAGUCUCAACCAACCGUAUCGCCGAAGCAGUCCUCUUCGCGCAAACCUACAAACCCUCUAAAGCGCCCAAGCUUGUCGUCCAAUGGAAAGAAUCCUUGGAACAAUCCGGCAAAGCCAAGGUUGCGCGUCUGAUCGGUGUUCCCCCCGGUGCUGAGGGCGUCGAAGCUGACGAUGACCUCUUCCCCGAAUGGGACGAAUAUCUAAGACUUGAGAAGGAAGGGCCACCUGAGCCACCAUCCUCAGAGUCUCUGAUUGAUAUUGACGCUGAGAAUGGAGAGGCUGAGACAGCCGUCAAUGGGGGCGCAGAGGUUGAGGUUGAGGCCGAAGCGUGA